UUGGGUCCAGGCUACUGCCAUAUUCCUACCACUAGCCAAAAAUAAUAACUGUUUCUGUUACCUCUAUUUAAACAAAAAAUCAAAUUUUGCAAAUAUCUCAUUGACAGACUUUAAUUAGAUACAUUAAUUUUAAUGCCACAGAUGAUGCUACUGUUGAGUCCGACUCUUCUUUUUAACAUGUUGGCUCUGAAUAUCUGACUUUAUUCUUUAUGAGCUGCUUUUUAGGUUUAACUAAACAUUCUGAGUCUCCUUCUUACUCCUAUUUAUCACUUAUGUCACCGAAACCAAAGCCAGCGCUGUCGAGUUGAUUCCGACUCAUAGCGACCCUAUAGGACAGAGUAGAACUGUCCCAUAGAGUUUCCAAGGAGCACCUGGUGGAUUCGAACUGUCGACCCUUUGGUUAGCAGCUGUAGCGCUUAACCACUACACCACCAGGGUUUCCAUUAUAUCACAGUGACUCAGAAUUUAUCAUGUAUUUGUUUUCCCUUAAUUAUGUUGCAAAUGAAUUCAACUCCAGAAUUCCUAAUCAUUCAGCUCACCAUAGCUCAUUCUGAUAACCUCCCAGAAGAUAAACUUGCUUCACUUAACCCUGAAAAAUAGACUGAAACCGAUUUGCUAAUUGUCGCUGUUAUGUUUCCUUCCCAAAGCAAUGGAGAACAUCACUAGAGCAAAUGAGUUUCUUUUGCUGGGACUGACCUGUAUUCAGGAGCUGCAGCCAGUAAUCUUCAUGGUAUUGCUCAUUCUAUACCUGAUAAAUCUGUUUGGAAAUGGGGCCAUACUAGUGAUUUUUAUCUCAGAGUCAAGACUCCACUCCCCUAUGUAUUUUUUCCUGGGAAACCUUUCUUGUCUUGAUAUCUGCUAUUCCUCAGUGACAGUACCCAAGCUCAUGUCGAACCUCCUUUCCACUCGAAAGGCUAUCUCCUUCCUAGGCUGCAUCACCCAGCUACACUUCUUCCACUUCCUGGGCUCUACCAAGGCCAUGUUGCUGACCAUCAUGGGCUUUGACCUAUUUGUGGCUAUUUGCUACCCACUCCCCUACAAGGUCAUCAUGAGCCCCCAGGUGUGCAUUCUGCUGGUAGGUGUGACCUGGCUCACCGGCUUCUUUUAUGCCCUGAUGCAUUCAGUCAUGACUGCACACCUGAACUUUUGUGGCUCUCAGAAGCUCAACUACUUCUUCUGUGAUGUCAAGCCUCUCUUGGAAUUGGCUUGUGGUGACAAGAGGCUCAACCAGUGGCUCAUUUUCAUUGUCACUUGCAGCUUAGCCCUGGCAGCUUGCUUCCCGACCCUCCUCUCCUACUUUUACAUUGAUGGCUUCCUUGUGUUCAAGCACUGGGCCUGCAGUGCACUCCACAAGGCUCUGUCCACUUGCGUCUCCCAUUUCACGGUGGUUUGUCUCUUCUAUGGAACUGUGGGCCUCACCUACAUUCCCACUACCUUCACCACCUCUGUCAUACGGGAAAGGUUUGUGGCUGUCAUACACACCACUGUCACCCCAGUGCUGAAUCCACUGAUAUACGUGCUUAGGAAUAAGGAAGUGUUGUUGGCUCUGAGGAAACUGUUUGGGAGGAAACUGCCUAAGGACAGUUGGUGGCAACACUAG